AAUAUGUCUAUCCGUGAAAUUUCCUUGCUACUAAAUAUUCCACGGUCAACUGUUAGCGGUAUUGUAACAAAGUGGAAGCAAAUGGGAACAACAGCAACUCAACCAUGAAGUGGUAGGCCACGUAAAAUUACAGAGUGGGGUCAGCACAUGCUGAAGCGCACAGUGCACAGACGUCACCAACUGUCUGCAGAGUCAAUAGCUAAAGACCUCCAAACUUUGUGUGGCCUUCAGAGAGCCUCAUGGAAUAGGUUUCCAUGGCAGAGCAGCUGCAUCGUAGUCUUACAUCACCAAGUGCAAUGCAAAGCGUUGGAUGCAGUGGUGUAAAGCAUGCCGUCACUCCACUCUAG